UCUUUGAACGUCGUCGUCACUUGUUAUCUUCUCUUGGCGUUUAACCUGUCUAUUCAUUAUCGAUCUGUUUAAAUAGUUGUCCCUCCUCGCCUCACCGCUGCUAAAUUAAUUUGAGGUCUUCGCUAAAAGAAGAGAGAGGCUACGAUCUUGUGUCUGUAACAAUGUCGUCUAAUACAAUUGCUAUCCCGGCGGCCCGCUCGUCCUCCGCAGCCUAUGAUCAAUCCCCUAAGGCCGGUGGCAGCUCAUCCUCGUCGUCGUAUUCGAGCUCCCCACAAACCCCUAGUUCCAGUGUUGCGUCACCAAACCGAUCCGCACGCAAGUUAGGAUCGGGGCACCAACGUAGACAGAGUCUCUUGAGCUCUGCUUUCUGCAAGGACGAAUGCACAGUGAUUAACAUCGGGGAUCCGGACGGGGCGCCUCGAUUGAUCUCCUACCUUGCCUCAAGCCAGGGCUUUGCGUGGAACCCUGAACUCUUCGUCCCAUCUUAUGUCGAUUGCGAUUACGUUCCCUUAGAGAACCGCCGGGAGCCCGUACACGAAAUCCGACUCAGCGACGAAGAGAUCAAAGCGAUGCUGCCGUAACUGGUGACUGCUGUGGUUGAAUCUUGGGCGGGCUUGCCCCUCAAUGAUUAGCCGCGGUCGAAGCCCGACUUGUCUUUUCUUCCUAGAUACA